AUGCUCAUCCUCAAUAAUACCAAUUCCCAGGCUCCAACAUUUCUCCUCACUGGUAUCCCGGCUCUGAGAGCAGCUCAGGUCUGGAUCUCCAUUCCCUUUUGUCUCCUGUAUGUAAUUGCCCUCUUUGGGAACAGCGUGAUCCUGCUGGUGAUCUUUCAUGAGCACAGCCUUCAUGAGCCGAUGUACUAUUUCCUCUCACUUUCAGUCACAGACCUAAGCCUGUCUCUGUGCACACUUUCCACUACACUUGGUGUCCUCUGGUUUGAUGCGCGAGAGAUCAACUUAAAUGCUUGCAUUGCCCAGAUGUUCUUUCUCCAUGGGUUUACUUUCAUGGAGUCUGGGGUUCUUCUGGCCAUGUCCUUUGAUCGUUUUGUGGCCAUCUGUGACCCACUAAGAUAUACCACCAUUCUUACCAAUGCCAGGAUUGCACAGAUUGGCAUAACCGUACUGAUAAGGAAUGUUGCUGUCAUGUUGCCAGUCGUACUCUUUGUCAAGAGGCUGUCCUUCUGCAGAUCGUUGGUUCUUUCACACUCUUACUGCUACCAUGUUGAUCUUAUUCAGCUCUCGUGUACAGACAACAGAAUCAAUAGCAUUCUUGGUCUGUUUGCAUUGUUCUCCACUACAGGAUUCGACUGCCCUUGUAUAUUGUUCUCCUACGUACUGAUCAUUCGAUCUGUGCUCAGCAUUGCUUCCUCAGAUGAGCGACAAAAAGCUUUCAAUACUUGCAUAUCACACAUCAGUGCUGUUGCCAUCUUCUACAUCCCUCUCAUCAGCUUGUCUCUUGUACACCGCUAUGGCCAUUCAGCACCUGCCUUUGUCCACACCAUCAUGGCCAAUGUCUUCCUCCUCAUCCCUCCUGUGCUCAACCCUAUCAUUUACAGUGUGAAGACAAAGCAGAUUCGAAAGGCUAUUAUCAAAUUUUACCUCAGAAGCAAAGCCAAAUGUAAUCAAUAA